AUGGAAGCGCAGCAAACGCCAGCAGCAGCGUCGGAACAGCAAGAACAGCCGCAACAACAGCAGGACAGCGCCACCACUGCGGCUGCUUCAUCAUCGACAAUAGUAACAAUAGCAUCAUCAGGACGGCCGCCGUCUGCGCGACGACGAGCCAAGCGACGGCUGGACGAGGACGACGACAGCAGACAACUCAACGCAGCAAAGCACGCGAGACUGGAAGCGGCAGACAAGCCACAGCAACAGCGUGAAGCCCAGCCGUCGUUGAAUGAGAGUGCUCAUGCAAGCAGCAGCAGCAGCAGCAUUAGUAGUAGUCAAAAUAGUGGUAGUAGUAGCAGUAGUAGUAGUAGUGCCAGUGGCUCUGGAAGCGAACCUGCCGCCCCACACGCACCAGCCGAAGCUCAGCCUCAGCCUCAACCUCAGCCUCAAGCAGGUCAGCCUCAAGCAGAUCAGAAUCAAGCAGCAGCAUCAUCAUCAUCGUCGGCUUCUGCGCCGUCUGCUACCCCUGGGGCAUCGCUGGCGCCGAGUUCCGUGGACUUGACGGACGAUACUGAUGACAUUGUAGUCCUGGGUGCUUCCAGUGCUCCUUCAGCUGCUGCUGCUAGCGGUGGUGGUACCAGUCGCAGUCGGCGGACGCAAGCCUCAACAGCGAGUGCACACGAUGCAGACGACGAUAUCAUCAUCAGCUCGAGCUCAAUCGCCGCCGCGCCACCGACGCGCGCCAUUCUGGGUUCAUCAAGACACCGUGCAUGGCUGCCACGCUUGCAAUCGCUCUUUGGAUCGAAUACUGGGACUGAUGUUUCUGCUUUCGAAUCGGUGCUUGCCAGAUUGGAAUCGAGUGACCAGAUGGGCGACUCGACUGACGAAGACCACAGGCAACAGCAUCCCCACUUAAUUUUCAAUGCUGUCGUGCCAAUGUUCCAUAUGCCAAUGAUCCGACCGCCGCAACCACCACCCGUUGAUCAAGCAUCGAAUUUGCCGCCUGUCGCGCCUCCGCCUCCCACGAAAAAAGCAGUCCAGGAAGCCAACUCGCGAAACAAUCUGUCCGAGGAUGCUCCGAGUGCCCAAUUUGUCGGACAAAGCUGUCCGCAAGAAGCAUGCAUCCCUUGUACCUAUCUUCAUCUUGAGGUCCAGUUUGUGUAA